UUUCCAGUCGCCUCUCGCAUCCGCGGCAUGGCCGAUGAUGCCCACGGUGAGGAGGUCCCCGCGUCGCUGGUCGAGCAGUUCGAUCUCGUGGCGACCUUCCCUUCGCAGGAGACGGGCGCUGGCCGCGGGGAGGGCGGCAAGGGCGCCAUGCCACCUCCUCGCAAACGCGCUGCUCAUGAUCACUCUGCUGCUGAUGCAGCUGACGGUAACGACGCCUGGUCGUCCGACGACUACCUUCGCCAGCUGUGCCGCGAUGAGUUCGACUCCAUGCGGGCCGCUCUCACUUCAUCCGUCUCCGAGUCCGUCAGGGCCACCGCUGCUGAGAACCACUCGGUGCUGCUGGGAUCCAUCGACAAACUUCGGGAGCAGGUCUCUGGUCAGUCCGCAUCCAUCGACCAGCAGGUUCACAGUGUGGUUCGUCCUCAAGUUGACGCCCUGGCUCGCAGGCUCCAGUCGCAGAUCGACGAGCACAAGAAGCAGAUCGACGCAUGUGAACGGCGACUGGGUGAUCAUGACGACCAGCUCUCUGCUCUUCGUGCUGAAUUGGUUGAGCUACGCCGCCAUCUUGCCGUCGCUGAACAACGCCCCCAGGCCCCGCCACAGAUCCCCACUGGCUUCGACAGAGACGCCGACUCCACCCUCCUCAUCGCAGUGGCCCAGCGUGCCACUUCGCUCGAGGCCAUGUCCGCCUGCAUUCAGAACUUCCUCUCGGAGACGGGCUUCGACUCCAGCGAGUACGAGAUUGUCUCCAAGGGUACCCUCCCGUGCAAACGCUUCGCGGUUCACUUCAAAGGGAUGGUGCAACCAGCAUCAAGAAAAGUCCUACGCGCCCUCUCAGCCCUCAAAGAUGAGAACGGGUGGAAGGCCUUCUUCGCCGAUCUCCCCGGCCUGUCCGAGCGCACACGUGUCCACAUGGGCCCCGACAAGUCCCCGAAGCAGGUCAAGAUGGAGUACGUCCUCAGGAAGUGCCGCGCUGCCUUCGCCGCCGAGUUCUCGCCCCUGCGCUUCUUCACAGAUCGGGACCGCGGGUUCCUCUCCAUCGGCUGGGACAAGAUCCUCAAGGUUGAAGUGGAGGCUGGGGAUGCUCCUCCUACUCUGCGCUGGGACGUCGCCAAGCUGGAGCGCCACGACAUCACCAAGGCUCGCGCCAUGCAGCUCACCUCUUUCCUCACGGCCUCGGCGGACGAGCCCGUGUGGGCCCUCCUUCAGGCUGCUUGGGCCAAGGCAGCCAUCAAGCUUAACUACCUCUCCAAGCUCGGCCUCGACAAGUCCAUCGUCUCUCUGCAGGAGGAUCCUGUGCAUGUGGAGUCCCAUCCUCUGAUACCUGGGCGUGUACUGAUGGUUACCCUGCGCGCCGCUCGUGCCUGCGUCUACCUCUUCAAUGUCCACAACCACGAGCUGGGGACCACUGCCAUCACAAGAGUGCGUGAUGCUAUUCGUACUGCUCUCGCUGAGGCUCGUGCCGAACCACAGCGUGUCCUGGUGAUUCUGAAUGGGGACUUCAACAUCUCGGAGGAGUCCGCCAUGUCCCUGCUGGCACCGGUUGCGGCGUCUCGUCGCGGUGGCCGUCGGCACCACGCUGCCGCACCUGCCUGGAGGCCCAUCUUCGAUGACAUGCUGGAGAUCCAGGGCAGCGAGCCGACCCACUACGAGCGGGCGGCGGGCAAGGCCAGCAUCAUAGACCGCGUCUUUCUCUCCUUGCAGGGCUGGCAGGUGCGCCAGAUGAAUCUCACUUCCGCCACGAUGGGGUCGGCGGCGGCGCUCUCGGAUGCGAAAAUCUCGGAUCACACUGCG